AUGGUUCCUUCUUAUUAUUUUCCAUUGUCAAUUUUACAUUUUUCACAAUUAUUAUUCAUAAUUUAUCUUCCUAUGCAACUUUACUCUCAACAGGCACCGUGGGACUGCUCACAAGCACCGGCUGAUGCGUUCCGUCAAAUAUGUGGAAUGCUCCAGCACUGGGACCAGGGUGCAAGACGCUUCUUGGCCAACGAGCAACAACAGCAGGCAAAUACAGUUGUAAAUGCUCCAGGAGUUCCAGAACAGCCGGAUUUAUCACCUCCUUUACCACAACGUUACUCACCAACGGCCUAUGGAUGUAUGGACCUAGAUUGCUUAUGUCCCUAUUUUCGGGGGAUUCAAGGUCCAAAUGGACAGUGUACAUUGUCUGGAGGCCAACCACUUAGUUUUCAACGAACACUAAACACACUAAAGGGAAAUGGAGAAUUUGGGCGGUUUAAUGAUCAACACAGACAAGUGAGUACAUCAUCUGGUGCCCAUUCUGGCCCUGGCUUUCUUCCUUUUCAUCGAGAGUUUAUCAAACGCUUUGAAAUUGCACUCCGUCUUAUUGAUCCAUCCAUAUCGCUUCCUUACUGGGAUUCCGUGCUUGACUCACAUCUACCGAGACCAAGCGACUCGAUAUUGUUUUCUCCGUUAUUCUUUGGUGAAACAGAUGAUCAAGGUAACGUCAUAAAUGGGCCUUUUGCUAAUGGUUGGACAACAUUGGAGGGGCGGCCACAUAUUUUGAGGCAAUUAGGUACCGAAGGAAGAAUGCUCAGGGAGACGGACUUGAAUACAGUCUUUGAACAAACACAAAUUGAACAGGUUAUUUGCAUUGGAUAAUAAACUAAAAAUA